UCAGAAGCCGACCAUUACUUAUGGAUCAUCCGAGUCCUAUGCUUACAUUAUUGUGCAUACACUGCAUGUAAAACUCUAUUACCUUUAACCUGUCUCCAUGUUUUACUAGGGCCUAAAAAGACAAAAGUUGAUUAUGUUUGCUGCUGUUUCUGUUCCAAAGAAGUGUCGAUACAGAAGGUUGAAUUGGCAACCGGAACAUAAUUAUGAUGGGUGUAGCUAGUUACGUGUUGUGUAUCAGUAAAGCAGAACAAAUGUUUCAUCCUGUCUCGUACUUAAGUUGAAAUGUUUAUUCCAUUAGUUAGUUGUUUAAGUGGUGCUUAGAAACAAAGAGCAUGAAUGGACUUAUUUUGGGCCUUCAACUCCUGUUUCUUAUCCUAGGUAGUAUUACUAGUGUCAGUGAAACGAAACUUGACCUCAUAAAAGAUGGAGAUAAGCAUGACUUG